AUGGACCUGAGUAAAGAAAACAAGUCAACUGGGCCCCUCCUCCAUCGAGAAAUCAUAAUUGGUCCCACCUUCAACGCAUCGUGGAACUCAAAAACCUUGUCGCUGACCACACGCAGCUCUCCUCGCUCGGCCCUCCCCCCCAGGGUAGCGGUCUUCUUCCCAUUGCGACAGCUCGUCGAACACCACCCGUCCAUCGUUGAGGGCUCCAAUUCUAUCUCGCUCAAUCCGACAUACGACCCGAACAAGACCGAAGUUGAUGCGUGGGACAAGCUCGAGCACGAGGCUCGCCAGUCUUUGGUCCAGCGUCUUGAGGAUUUGACCUUCCUCGAGGUUCGCUCGAAGACCACCGUUCAUGAGAUGUGGUCGUGUAUCACGGAGAGAUUCACGGCACUCUCGAGCCAUGUGAUCGCGUCUAUGGAGGCUGCGUUCAACGCUGUUCAGUGCGCUCCAAAGGGAAAUGUCCGCACUCACCUCGAGGAGCUCAAGCCCAAGCAUCUCGAGCUGAUGCAGGUCGGAUUGACGGUUUUGGAUUCUCACUCCGCUAAGGCUGCGUUACUGGCUGCGGAUCUUGCGUUGCAAUCGGCGGUCAGUGCUACCGCUGCUGGGUCCGUGUCUGCGGGCCCGACAGCUGGUGUCAUGUCGAUUUCGAUAACUUCUGGUACCUCCGCCACUUGCAACGCUGCCAUUUUCGAUCCCGUCUAUCUCAUGCAGCUCGCCAUCGAGGAGUUUGACAGCAAGGAGGCGGAAUUGGCACGCAAGGGUCUAGUGGGUGGCUGUUCGGAGCGCGAAGACACGGGUGUGGCACUGAGCGCCCAGUUUUCUGCGCAGUUGUUGUCGCGAAACGACGCUGGAGGCCGUUCUGGGAAGGGGAAGGGUCUGCAGCGUCCGAAAGGCGUCUUUUGGAACCGUGGGGGCAAGGGACAUGUCAAGUCCAAGUGCCCCAGCCCUAAGCUCAAGUCUGGGGAAAAGGCGCAAGAAACUCGGGUUCCGGUUAUGCGCAUGUCGUCGAGGAUGACUGGGAUGUCUGCAGCUGCUGGGACUGCCAGUUUCUUGGAUUCGGAGGAUGUCUUCGAGAGCUGGGACGCUAUUCCCGAACUCACCCUCCAAUCCGCGUCCUCUGGCCCCAGUUCCGAAUCCGUGGGUUAG